CCAUGUUUAAGAACUACACUCACUUUCCAAACCUCUUGUCUUCUUGUUUCGAAUUUGCAUACAAUACAUAAAUGGCGGUUCAUCGUCCUGAGUCCAACUUUGCCCCCAGCUUGUGGGGUGAUCAGUUCAUCAAUCACUUUUCUGACUCCAAGGUCAUAGAAAAAUACUCCAAGGCAGUUGAAGUUCUGAAAAAUGAUGUGAGAAGUAUGAUAACUGCUACAGAAACCAAAAUGAUAGACACCAUGAAUCUGAUUGACACACUUGAGCGCCUAGGCGUUUCGUAUCAUUUUGAACACGAGAUUGAAGAAAAAUUGCAACAAUUUUUCCAUCUCAAUACGAAUUAUCACGAUGAUGAAGCCUAUGACUUGUACACCGUUGCUCUCCAUUUCCGAUUGUUCAGGCAGCAUGGACACCGUAUAUCUACUGAAAUAUUUGGUAAAUGGAGGGAUGUGAAUGGGGAAUUCAAAGAGAGCAUUAAGAGCGACGCGAAGGGUAUGCUGAGUUUGUACGAAGCUUCCUAUCUUCGAACACAUGGAGAAACCAUACUAGAUGACGCGCUUGCUUUAACUAUGGCCACUCUAAAAUCAAUGGUGCCAAACCUCGGAUCACCCCUCAAGAGGCAAGUUGAGCAUGCCCUAGUGCAGCCCUUGCACUUGGGGAUUCCUAGAGUUGAAGCACGCAGUUACAUUGCGGUGUAUGAAGAAGAAGAGAACAAAUCCGAAACCCUAAUCAAGUUUGCCAAAUUAGACUUUAACCUAUUGCAGAUGCUGCACAAAGAGGAGCUCCAGCAAGUUUCAAGGUGGUGGAAAGAAUUAGGGCUUAUCUCCAAACUUCCUUAUGCAAGAGAUAGGAUAGUAGAGUGUUACUUUUGGGCUAUGGCAGUGCACCAUGAGCCACAGUAUUCUCAUUCCCGUACCAGGCUCGCCAAGGCCAUUGUGAUGUCAUCUGUAUUAGACGACACAUACGAUGCUUAUGGUACGAUUGAAGAACUUGAGGUUUUCACCGAGGCAAUACAGAGAUGGGAUGAUGGAGAAAUCUCUCGACUCCCCGAGUACAUGAGACCUUUCUAUAAAGCUAUCUUGGAACUCUACAUUACAUUUGAUGAAGAAUUGGCAAAGGAAGGACGAUCCUACGCAUCACACUAUGCCAUAGAAGGACUAAAGGAAUUGGCGAGGGGCUACUUUGAAGAGGCGAAGUGGAUCUUAGAGGAGGGUAACUUGCCAUCAUUUGAGGAAUACCUAAAGAUUGGUCUCAUUACCAGCACCUACGGUUAUGCGGUCCCCUCUUUAUUUAUGGGAAUAGGAUCUACUCAAAAGGAAGACUUCGAGUGGCUAAGCGAGAAGCCUAAAAUAUUUGUUGCCACACUCAUAAAAGGUCGCUUACUUGAUGACAUAGGUUCUUAUGAGUUUGAGACGAAGAGAGGUCAACUUGCUAUUGGGAUUGAAAGCUACAUGAAAGAAAAUGAUGUGACAAAAGAAGAAGCAAUGGCCAAAUUUAUGGAAUUAUGUACUAAUGCAUGGAGAGAUACCAACGAGGAGAUGUUAAGGCCGUCUUGUUAUAAAUCUAGGGAUCUUCUUAUGCUUAUUCUCAAUUAUGACCGCGUAACAUAUGUUACUUACAAAGACAAAGAGGAUGGAUACACUCAACCCGAAAAGGUUUUGAAGCCUCAUAUUCUUGCCUUGUUGGUUGAUGCAUUUGAGGUUUAGUCAUUUCAAAUAAUAUGUAUUACUAUAUGUUAUGUAAUUCUAUUUUGUUCCUAUGUACUAUUGUUAAGUUAUGCUUCUUGAAAUUUCAAACCUUAUAUGGAGAGACUCUGAUAUCAAUGAAUUCAAUAAUGAGGGUGA